AUCCAGGUCUUGGCUGGCUUUGAUGCGUAACUAAUUAUUUGUAUUUCUAUCCAACACUGUGUCCUUCUGUUCCAUUCUAUUUAUCCCCCCGUGUAAUACAUUCCUGUCUUACAUCAGUUCCGCGAUAAGGCCUUGCUCACAUCAUAUUUAUUCCCGUCCUCUCUGGCCACUGGCGCUUCCUUACCCAGAUUCCGUCAGAUUGGCACCGAUGAUCGCCGCAGUGACAAGACACUCAGACUCUGACACCCUCUCCUCUCUCGUCAUCAACACGUUUUGUCCAUCGCAUUCUCUAUUAUAAGCACUAAGAUGGCGCGUUCUCAUCUUGUGGCUGUUUGAAGGACUGUCUGUGAAAGGCUACACUACUUGUUGGCCCGACCAGUGACCGAAGUGCCUCACAUCUGCCUGAGAUAUCACGGCUCUACUGCCCCUUUGCUGUCUCCGACUUCGAGACUGCCAUAAACCGGAACUAAGGGGUCAUUGGUCGCUCAUCCCUUGUGAUCUGCGUGCCCAGAUGCCAUGCUCAGCAGCACUAUGGGAGCUCAACCCAGCUGCCCAACUGGGAUUGAGCUGUCUGCUAUCAAAAGCCUCAUCACAGAACCCACACUUAUCAGAGAGGUCAAGGUGUGUGUGUGUAUCAGGGAAGCUGGCUACGGCAAAAAGGGGCAGCAACAUCCUUUGAGCUGAUGUUCUCUUGCUUUCCUGGUUGAUCGUAAAUAUUGGAUUCCCUUGGAGAGACAGCUCCGACAUCUCAUCAGGCUCAAGAUCGUUCGGCGAUUAGCGUAGUGUGUGCAGUAUGAACCGUUGGAGUAGCCAUAGGGUUUUUCAUGGUUGGACGUGUCUCAACCCUAACACUAACCCAAGACGUGUCUAGGUUGACACUGGAGUUGAGAAUCCCGGUAUUGGCGAUGAAGAUCUGGGACUUGCCCUCGGGGUCGUUGAGGUUGUGUACGAUACGGGCUUGCUCGGCCGUUCGGUAGUGGGAGUUGAUCGUGACUCCUUCAUGCUGGGCGAUCUGGAGGGCGCGGGUAUUAGCAAGAAUACCAACUUUAUUUUCAUAAGAGGUAGACGCAGCUUAGUGAAGAGUCGUGACGUUGUAGGCGGCACAGGGACAAUCUGAGUACAUCAUUCCUCCCGGUAAACCAAUACCAUCUUCUUCAUCUCUUCGCAGCACCCGACCUCUCGGUAGGUCGUCUGGAUCUGGGAGUCUGAUCAUUAUUCAGCAAGUUGAUACCUCUGCCGUCCUUCUUCUUCUUCUGCUCUCGGAACUUCUUCAUCCAAUCGCUGUUGCUUACUCGUCACUUAAGGGCUGUCUCGUUGACACUUGCUUGGUAUUUGGUAUCCGCCUUAGAAGCAUAAUAAGGUAAGCGGUCAUCAAGACCCAGGCCUUCUUCGAAAUAUCUCCGAAUACCUGGGUUCGGGUGUCCGCCACUGUUCCUAGGCACUGAGCCUGGUGGUGAGUACAAAGGACCCAGCAUGAGGUGUCUCACUGGUGACCUAGAUGGGGCCCCAACCUCGCCACGGGGCUUCAGUUAAGGGACCCUGUUGUUCGAGAUUCUGAGUAUGUCUCGCUUGGGGUCAAAUAGGAUUUUCGAAGUCCACCUCUCGCCGAGGUGGAAUACAUUAGUAUCCUCUAUCGACACCACAUCUCCUGCAUAUGGAAAGAUGGCGUCAAUGGUGUCGUGGAAACUGCGGGACACCAGUCGAAUUGGCAGCAACAAAUCCAUACACACCGAUGCCUUCGCACCUGGCUUCGACAUCAACUUGCACUCGGGCAAGACCCUGGCGUUGUCGGUGGCUACAGCGAACUCGAGGAUCAUCUUGCGAGCUGGAUACUGAUAUGCACUGCCGGCCUCUGUUUGGGAUGACAGAAACUCGGUCUGACCCCAGGAGGUAUAUAUAUGACACCAGAAGACUUGGUGUAGGACCUAACCCUAGCACUUGUGGGAAUGCCGACAUCGCCGGAGAUGUCUUGGUCUCUGUAGUGGGUUUCGACGUCUGUGGUGAGGUCUUUGUCGUCGAUGAUGGCAUCAGCAUCUCUGGUGAUGCAGACUUUAUUGCCUUAGUUUUUGGAUUUAGAGUCUUUGAGAAGAUCAUGGUAAUCGCCGGCGAGGUUUUCCUCGAUGGCAGCAGAGUCGUCACUCACUCGGAAGGAGUGUACCUGAGAAUCUCUACGCGUUGUAAAGAGGGCGAAGACUUCUCUUGUGUGCAUACCAUUCUGGGAUAGGAUGAGUUCCGUGUCUUGCUUGUUGAGUAUUUGAUGUAUACCACAGAUACAUUUUGAUGACAGUUAUGUUGAUCAAUGCCACCGAUUUGAACAACCAGCCAGAGGUCAAGCUAUCAUCAGAGAGAUUCUGAAGAACAUGUACACAUUCUGCUCCGCUUCACGUUCUUGCCCAUCGUGUUUGUCUUGAUCAUCACCGCGGAUGUGGCUAUUGUGGAAUCCAAUAUGCCUGGCAAGCCAUGUGCUUUCUGGACAAUGGCGGUGGUGACUCGAGGGUGUGGAAAUCGUCACGCCGUUCAUAUCCUUGGGCACUUUUAUCCGACCGAAAACCGAUACUGAUAAUAAAGGAAAUAUAGGGAUGUAUUGUUUAUACAUUACCGCUCAGAUAUGAGGCUGAAUUACGUACUGGCGCAUGCCAGAGUUGGGGGCCUUGGCCAGAGUCUUGAUGUUGAGACCCGGGGCUUUGGUGAUCUCGGGGAUCUCAGACUCGCUCUAGUACUCAUGGCCAGGGUACCCUUGGUACCUUUGUUCGAGUAUUUCUCAGGGACAUCUCCGACAAUCAGUCCGACCUCAACGUACUCCUUUGCCAUCUUUGGGCUGAGGAUAAGCUUAUCUCCUUUGGGCGCUUUGGGACAUAGGAUGAUAGCAGGUCUAUCAACUAACGGCUUAUGUCGAUCAUUGGAAGCUUUCAUACGACCGGUACCUGUCUUCUCAUCUUCUCCUGAGCUCCUCCGAGAGAGAAAAUGGUGUACACGGUGCCUUUCUCCACGAAGGUGGCCGAUUUGAUCCCGGUUUUCUCCAAAUGAGGCUGGGGUUGCUCACGCUUGGGGUAUAGAGAUCGACUUUCCAGCAAGAAGUGAGGACUGACAACCCAGGUCACUUCGAGUGUUGGCCAGAAGGAAUUUGAGUAUAGCCAUCACAAUACCCACACUUGGGAGAUGUGAGUGCCAGGUGAGUCUCGUGGAUAGUGAUGUUGCGGCUCAACUCGGAGAUAACUGGCUAUCUUCUGUGUCAUUUGCAAACAUAUGGCAGGGGGCUCCUUGCAGUUUUCGUCAGUUAAAAGGCUUGAACACAGUCAUUGAGUCUUUUGAUCGACGAGAUGUGACAUAUCUAUCGAUUCGUUCUUGAUAUACAGUAAAUUCUCGUCGUGACAGAGGACCUUAUGAAGCUGGCCAGAUUUUCUGUAAUAGUUUGUUCUGCUCUGUGGGAUAUAUGCGGUAACCCCCUCACCUUUUGGGGUCGUUGGGUUCUAUUCCGUUUUUGAGAUCCAUUGUGCCGCUGCUGUUGAUUGCUACUUCGUGUGCAGAUCCGAUUCGCCUUUCGUAUAUCGUCGAUGAUGAUCAUGUGCGUGGAGAAUUGCCAGACCAGCCUUCCUUUGUUGUAUGAGUCGGCGUUCUGUAGGGAUAGGAGGUUACUGGCACACGAACGAGGCGGCCGCGACAAGAGUCAAGCCGGCGCUGUCGAAGCAUAUCUG